UAAGUGCCGGUGUCUCAGUUUCAUCUCUUCGUUCCCUUCAGUUCCGCACUGCAAAGAUGCAGCCCAUUAAAUCGUGUGAAGUUCGUUGUUUGAGGUAAAGCUCCACGAACGGAAUCUCCGUCCCCCCCGGGUCUUAGUUGUAAAAGCCGCUAUCUGUAUUUACAUCCGUUGAACUGCGUUGCACGUGAAUGAAAAUUUUAACAUUAGAGGUGUCAGGAUCUGGUUGCUUUGCUACAAUUUGGUAUAGAUAUUGUGAUUCGAUCGUCCAUUAUUGAGUCGUACGAAGUGCACUAAGUAUGGUAAGCUUGUAGUUUAUGAUAUUAAUCAAGGGGAGGAGGGAGUGAGUGAGGCGGUUGAUCAUUUUACUGUACUUGCAAGCUCUAACAGUGGAGUUAAAUGCCCAGAUUGUAAGCUUUCAGAACUUCACUAUUAUGUAAAAAUUCGAAUCAUGUUUGCAUUGGCAAAGGACUUGGUAAAAUGGUGUAGUGGGUAAGAACUCCUCGCAAUUAAAGAAAACCAUCAGCUGCGUUAUAGGGACCAUGUUCCUGGUGUUGCCUAAACCUUGAUGGACAAGGACUCAACCUUUCAGAUACACAGGGACAUGAAAAUGGUAAGAACAUCUGAAAGUAGUAAUGCUUGUGUUUUGGACUCUCUUCAGAUGCUUCUCCCGCAGAACCUUGGCACGGCACAUAUUCCACAGCUGAUAUACACAAAGCCUGAAGACGUCAAUGGCAUACAAAUUCUUGAAGAAUGAAAAUUCCAAUGGCUUAAUUUCAGGACCUUCACAGAUGGAGUUGGAGAACCAUAAUGACACAGAGAUGUUUCAAGAAUCAUUUCAGCCACCUGAUAGAGAAUUAGAAAUGAAGAACAGUGAUAUUUGGAAACUUUUCAAAGAUGCUCAGCGAAAUAUUCUGUACUUGAACAAGCAACGUCUUAUGGCAAUGGAGGAGCUUAACAAAACUCAAAGAGAGAAACAAAUAUUGAUAGAUAGGAUAGAAAAGCUGGAGCUGGGAAAGCAGGCUAACAUGCAACAAGAGAAGCCUGCAAUCUGCUCUGAGUUGCUGCUCCGAAUAGAUUCAUUGGUCCUAACAGGCAUGAUUAGCAAAGGGGAAGCAUCUAACUUCAGAAGGUUGGUCACAGAAAAUAAAGUUGGUCUGCUUGAUGCUUUUUCAGAGAUCUGGCAGAAAAGAGAUUCUGAGCUACUAGAAGAACUUCACCUUUUUUCUGAUGAAAGCAAGCGAAAAGCUUUUCAUGUCAUCCACAUUUGUACUGAAAUGGCACCGGUGGUGUCAGUUGGGUCUUUGGGAUCAUAUGUGACUGGCUUGUCUUGGGCACUGCAAAGAAAGGGCAAUUUGGUGGAGAUUAUUUUACCCAAGUAUACAAGCCUGGACCUAGAUCAAGUUAAAGGACUACGCAAAGUUGAGGCAGAGUUCUAUUCAUAUUUCAAUGGUCAGUCGCAUGGAAACAGAAUCUGGACUGGUGUUGUAUAUGGUAUUGGGGUUACUUUAAUUGAGCCAAUAUUCUAUUUGGGGCUUUUUAACCGCGAGAAGAUCUAUGGUUACUCAGAUGACUUUGAACGAUUUACUUACUUCUCUCGUGCUUCCUUGGACUAUCUUGUAAAAUCAGGAAAGCAGCCCGAUAUUUUGCAUAUACACAAUUGGGAAACUGCUAUUAUUGGGCCACUUUUUUGGGAUAUUUUUGUUAACAACCAGGGACUGGGAAGCACCAGAAUAUUGUUCACAUGCCAUGGCUUUGGUUCUCAGUGUCUAGAGAAACCAGAUAAGCUAGCUCUGUGUGGUCUUGAUCCUUCUAGACUCCAUCGUGCUGACCGACUGCAAGAUAACUCUAAGAGACAUCUUGUCAAUAUUUUAAAGGGUGGAAUUGUGUACUCUAACAAAGUUGUGAUGAUGUCAUCAAUCCACUCCAAAAGCAGGAUUAUUCGAAGUCUGAGUCAUGGGUUGGAGCCCACCUUAUCCAUCCACAAGGAGAAAUUGUUGCUUGCUCCUUAUGGACUUGAUGACACUGUAUGGGAUCCUUCUAAAGACAAACAUCUUCCAGCAAAGUAUUCAGCAGAUGACACCAAGGGAAAAACUAUUUGCAAAGUUGCAUUGCUGCAGCAACUGGGCCUAUCAAGACAUGCUUCUAGUUCUACAACUGUUGUUGGAUGUAUCUAUUCAAACUUCACUGAUGUUGACAUAGAGAAUCUGAAGUCAGCUUUCCGGCUUGCAUCUAGAAGGGGGGCUCAGUUCAUCUUUAUGGGAACUAGUAAAGUAGAAAGUGUAAACACAGCAUUGGAGUUAUUUAAGAAAGAGAUCAAGGAUGAAAAUGCAAGAUUUAUAAACAAGUACGACGAAGCAUUAUUACACUUAAUGUUUGCAGGCUCUGAUAUCAUGUUAUGCUCAUCUUUCCUUGAUCCAGUACUUCAAGUGCCGCUCAAAGCUAUCAAAUAUGGAGCUGCUCCAGUUGAUAUAACCUUGAACAGUAACAGGAUCAGGCAUUCCAUGGAUCAUGACCUUGAGAGUACAAGGUCCUCACAGUACAUCAUGACUACAUUUGCAAAUAUGUCAUUAAGCGAAGCCCUUGAUCAGAUUCAAAGUGAUCCAUCUCGGUGGGAUUGGAAGAUAAAAGAAGGAAUGUCUAAAGACUUCUCAUGGGAAGCGGAAUGCUAUGAUGUACAUUUAGGUGCUUAUACAUCUAUAAUGAACGUGUGAAGUAGAGAAUGUGCACAUACAGAUGUAUUCAUCAUGUUUGUAUGUGUGUAAACUAUUUGUAUUAAUGUGCAGAUGUACCCAUAUAUAUGUAUUUGUUUAUAGAUCCGUAUGUAUAUAAACGUGCAAGGAACAGAGGUUAGCUUUUGGGAUCUGUUUAAUAAAUUGUGCCUUGGAAAGAUUUUACGUCACUCUUCAUUGUCA